AUGCCUUUGGGCACAGACGUCGAAACGGUACCCCGCAUACUGUAUGGCGCAAAUAAUGACCGCCACGGAGAUCGUGAUGAUGGUGAAGAUCACUGUCAUCUUCACGCGACCAGACAAAUCAGCAAAGAACGGUCUCUCCAAGGCUCCUUGCCGCUGACCCUUUCUGAUCGCAUCCCAAUCGAGACCUUCGAAAACAUCAUCGACUGGAUGGAAAGCCACGCCCUGCUCGCCGCGGCAUUAGUCAGUCGGGUCUGGCAUCCUCGCGCCGUUCAUAACCUCUAUCAUACCGUGCGUCUCCAGUCACGCAAAGACUUCGACCUUCUGGUUCAUCAGCUGCAAACGUCACCUCGCAUCAAGCAGAGGUUAUCAACCACUCGUGAACUAUGUGUUCAUCGCGACUAUCCUGAUCUAUUUCAUCGCGACUAUCGUCGAGCCUGCUUGGAACAAGGCCUCGACUCCCUAAAUCUGGAUGUCCUGCCUAUUGUCUUUGCCAAUUCACUGCCCGCUCUGCGAGUCCUCGACAUCGCUGGGUUUUCGCAUCCUCCCAUGCACCCAACUUUCUACCUUGCAUUGUCUCACUUCAAGCACGUUACAUCGUUGCGGUUGCAUGGAAUCAUGCUUAGAAACGUUACUCAGCUGCAACAGAUCGUCUGCGCGCUCCUGGGGCUGAAAGAAGUCGUUCUGGAACUCCUGAUACCGAUACAUCAGUUCUCUGGUACACGAUUCCGGACUCUAUGUGAAACGCGACUCGAGCGACUCGAAGUCCAUGCAGACCCGGCGGACUCAGAUGAACUGAUCACAAGCAUACAUCCAUUCGAUCCAAUCAUCACCUGGCUUGUAGACUCAGGAGUCUGCAGCUCCCUCUCCGAAUUGGUGAUAUCCCGGGUCUUCAGAGAUGAUCCCUACCCGGGCCCCUACCCGCGUUACCGCUACUGCUCGAACGGUCUUUUAGCCAAGCAAGUUAAUCGACUGCUCGAGACGAGUGGGUCAUCUCUGACCUCUUUUCGUGGUGAUCAAAAUGAAUUCCGCUUCCGUGGUAAGUUCCCUCUACCGUCUUCUCUAGUGCACAACACGACUUUAAGUCAAUUGAUAUUGUACCUCUACCCUCGGGCUGGACGGAAGACACGCGCGUGGCAAUUGGCAAGCCAGCUGCAUGCUAUCCUUUACACCGUUCGGAGCCAUGAGCUUCGUCACAUCGCCAUCCAUCUCAGGGGCCUGAGCCCCGAGAACCUCAAGGAGCAUGACCUCGCUGACACUCCGGCUUUGCGGAACUAUCACGACGUCAUGGAGAAGCCGUGCUUCCGCGCAUUGACGGACGUCCACGUCAAGUUAGAAUUUACUUCUAGGCCUCAUGCACAUGACCUACUCUGCAACGAUGCGCACAAACUGGACUACCUCGCGAUGUUGACGAAGACCAUAUUCCGGCCGAUGCUCUUACCGUGGCAUGAUCGUGGUAUAGUCAGCAUCGACUCGGAUUACGCGGGGUAG